AAAAAAAAGAAAAAUUUAAAAAAAAGAAAUCUUAAUUUUAAAAAGACCUUCUUUCUAGAGAAAAAAAAUACUUAGUUCCGAACCAAAUUUUGUGCAUAAAUAUCUGACUUUAGAUUGUCCUAAUGUCCCCAUCCUUGUAAGACUAUCCUUACUAAACAAGGAAAAGCAUCUCUGACCAAGCUUGUGCCUAGGGAAUAAUACAAUUAAGUGAAGUCUUCCUCUUCUCCAUGUAAUCUUUUGGAUCAGUGGGAUUAUGGUGACAGGAUAAGUUUAAGGGAUUCUCUCCGAUUUUAUUUCCCUUUCCAAAGGAAAAUAGUGGUGCUUUCUUUCCUGAGCAUUAUCUCAUUUUUCCAAAUGAAAUGGCCCUAAACAAGCUGAUCUUCUAAAGGUUCUGUUUUAUGAAUGGAAAGAAUAAUAAUAAGUUCUCCUCUUUAAGGUGCCACAGCAAGUAAUAACCAUGGAGGAUAAUCCCACUGUCAUUAAGCUGGACAUUCGUGAAGGGACCAGUCCAUCAUGGAAAGGGAGAAGGUUCAUCCCCAAAGCCAUUGGCUUUAUCACCGGAGAUAUGAGAGAAUAUGCAGACUGGCUCAAAGACAAACCAGUCAUACUUCAGUUCCUCGACUGGAUUCUUCGAGGUAUAUCCCAAGUGGUGUUUAUUAAUAACCCCAUCAGUGGGAUCAUCAUCAUAAUUGGGCUGCUGAUCCAGAGUCCCUGGUGGACCCUCACAGGCUGCCUGGGAACUAUAGUUUCCACACUGACAGCCCUACUGCUCAGUCAAGACAGGUCAGCAAUAGCAGCUGGGCUUCAUGGCUAUAAUGCCACCCUGGUGGGAAUACUCAUGGCUGUUUUCUGCGACAAGGGAGACUAUUACUGGUGGCUUUUAUUCCCUGUGACUGUCAUGUCCAUGACAUGGAGGCUGCUCAUGAAAUUUGAAUACGUAUCUAUAGAUCUUAGCAAUGUUCACUUGAGACUGUUUAAAGUAACCCUACUUUUUUUUUGGGGGGGGGGACUGACUUUACAGUUACUCAAAGCCAUCCCAGUAGGAAUUGGUCAGAUCUAUGGCUGCGAUAAUCCUUGGACUGGUGGUCUUUUCCUGGUUGCCAUUCUCAUCUCAUCCCCACUCAUGUGUUUGCAUGCAGCAAUUGGAUCAACGCUGGGGAUAAUAGCAGGGCUGACCCUUUCAGCUCCAUUCGAAAAGAUCUACUUUGGAUUAUGGGGUUUCAACAGCUCUCUGGCGUGCAUUGCAAUAGGAGGGAUGUUCAUGGCUCUCACUUGGCAAACUCAUCUCCUAUCACUUACCUGUGCUCUGUUUACUGCUUACCUGAGUGCAACAUUAUCAAACAUGAUGGCUGUGUUUGGGUUGCCAUCGUGUACCUGGCCCUUCUGCUUGGCCACGCUCAUCUUCCUGUUAGUGACAACAAAAAAUCGCUCAAUCUAUAAGCUGCCACUCAACAAAGUGACUUACUGUGAGGAGAACCGUACCUUCUACCUGUCAUCAAAGAAAAGGUUAGCAGAAAGACCAAGUCAAAGCCAACUUGUCUGACCUCAAACCCAGAUGGCAUCAGCAACUUCCAGUAUCUGUGAACUGAUAUCUUCUACUGUAGUAGAAUCUUCUAAACUAACCAACCAUACAGCAAUUUGCUUCUCUCCAUUUUUGAUAAAAAAAAAAAAAAAAAAAAGAAAGAAAGAAAGAAAAUCCAUCCUUUUCACUUGCUUGUUACUUUCUGUGAAAGGCCAAAAAGAUGCCUAUGAUUUAGACUUGUCUAAGAUGGUAAAGGCAACCAUGCCCCAGCAACUCUCUACAUCUCUCUGGGCCUCAGUUUCCUCAUCUGUAAAACAAGAAGGUUGGAAUGCAUGGCUUCUAUGUUCCCUUUCAGCUUAAAAUCCAAUAGGCCUAUACUCUGACAGGGAGCAAGGGGCUAUGGAUUUGUAAAUACUUGAUUUGAAGAAGAGUUGGAGAGUGAAAGAGUGCAUAUUAGUCAUAGGCUUUAAAAGCCACCCCAACCCACUCACUAACAGAAAAAAUGAGUACAGAGCCUAUAGCUCUCUCCUAUGUGUAAUAGGAUGAUUGUAAUGAACAGAUGCAAAAAGGAAUUAACAGUAUUACCAUAUGUUCUUUGACUAACUAGCCCUUAGUCAAUAGAGCCCAAAUCUGGAAUAGAAAGGAAUGUGCUUAAGGCAUUCAAUGCUAGCUGCAUUGUGUAGGGCAGUGAAAUAGUCACCGCACCUAAAGAGUCUUCACAUCCUUAUAAAAAGGGAGGCCAGCUUUUUGCCCCUUGUCGCUUUAGGUCCUCCCAGGUACAAGGGUCCUUUGAUCUUGUAUUGGGUUGUUCUCCCUCUCAAGACUGACAGCAAAGCAGGAGGAAGAAGAAAUAUAAUUCCUAUCUGUCCUGCAUUGCCACUCUUGUCAAAGACCGACAAUGAUUUCAAAAAUAGUCUCCUAAGAAUAGAGUUAUUUUGAAGAGAAUAAAAUGAAUGAGCCUCUCUUCCCAGCUUAAUCAUCUCAUUAUAUUUAUAGAAAAGUUACACAUGGAUUGAAUUAGCUUUUGAAAUACUUGGCAGACCCAAUUUAAUUUAAAUUGAUAGGAAUUUUUUUGAGUACUCUGUGAGUAUGAAUAAAGGGGAACUGGUUGCUAAUACUUUGGCAAUUUGCAUUUACAUUUUUUUCAGAUUUGAUUUUUUUGCCUAUUUUCAA